UCGGAUUUUGAUCGGUUAACGCCAGCUGCUUACCUGAGCUCCAACAGACCCAACAGCGAUGAUGUCCUCCGCCUCUGUUUCUGUAUGGCUGAUUCUGCUGUUUGGCUUCUUUCACCUCCAUAAGCUCGCUGCCAACGUAGAAGGUGACGCAUUGAACGCGUUGAAGACCAAUCUAGCUGAUCCAGACAAUGUUCUGCAGAGUUGGGAUCCGACUCUCGUCAAUCCCUGCAGCUGGUUUCAUGUCACUUGUAAUAGCGAAAACAGCGUUACUCGAGUUGAUCUUGGCGGUGCCAAUCUCUCUGGUCGACUGGUGUCACAGCUUGGUGUGCUUUCCAAGUUGCAGCACUUGGAACUUUACAAUAAUAACAUAACUGGAAACAUUCCGGAAGAGCUUGGGGGUUUGUCGGACUUGGUGAGCUUGGAUCUUUACUUGAACAAUUUACAUGGUACCAUUCCAGCGACACUUGGCAACCUUGCAAAACUGCGUUUCCUGCGUCUAUCCAACAACAGCUUGUCAGGGAAUAUUCCUGAGACUUUGACUAACAUCCAAUCAUUGCAAGUCCUGGAUCUUUCAAAUAACAAUCUGUCAGGGGAUAUUCCAGUCAAUGGAUCUUUUUCGCUUUUUACUCCCGUCAGUUUUGCCAAUAAUCCUCGUCUGAAUCCACUUCCAGGUUACAAACGAAUUACGAACUCGCACCGUGCCACUAAUACUGCGGCUAUUGCUGGAGGGGUUGUUGCUGGUGCUGCUUUGUUGUUUGCUGCACCUGCAAUUGCACUUGCUUAUUGGCGACGAAGAAAAUCACAGGAUCAUUUAUUUGAUGAACUUGCUCAGGAGGAUCGAGAAAUUCAUUUACAAAUAAAUGAACCUGCUCAGGAGGAUCGAGAAAUUCAUUUACGACAGCUCAAAAGGUUUUCUUUGCGCGAGCUACAAGUUGCGACGGAUACCUUUAGCAACAAAAAUAUUAUUGGUAGAGGUGGAUUUGGUAAUGUUUAUAAGGGAUGCUUAGCAGAUGGAACUCUGGUUGCUGUAAAAAGACUUGAAGAGGAGAGAACCCAAGGUGGGGAGCUACAGUUCCAAACAGAAGUUGAAAUGAUUAGCAUGGGUGUCCACCGCAAUCUGCUUCGUCUGCAUGGUUUUUGCACGACACCAACAGAAAGGUUGCUUGUAUAUCCUUAUAUGGCUAAUGGAAGUGUGGCAUCAUGUUUAAGAGAUCGUCCAGAAGGACAACUUGCACUUGAUUGGCCAAUAAGACAACGCAUUGCAUUGGGAUCUGCAAGAGGCCUUGCUUAUCUACAUGAUCACUGUGAUCCAAAAAUUAUUCACCGUGAUGUGAAAGCGGCAAACAUAUUGUUGGACGAGGAAUUCGAAGCAGUUGUUGGAGACUUUGGGUUGGCUAGACUCAUGAACUACAAGGAUACACAUAUUAUCACAGCUGUACGUGGCACAAUUGGUCAUAUAGCACCAGAGUACUUUUCAAAUGGAAGGUUUUCCGAGAAAACUGAUGUUUUUGGAUACGGAGUCAUGCUUCUUGAACUCAUCACUGGGCAGAGGGGUUUUGAUCCUCAGCUUGCGAGUGAUGAUAGUCUCAUGUUAGUUGAUUGGGUCAAACAGCUACUGAAAGAUCGGAGGUUAGAAACACUUGUUGAUUCUGAUCUAAAUAGAAACUAUAUUGACGAUCAAGUAGAGCAGCUGAUCCAAGUAGCUCUACUGUGCACACAAGGCUCCCCAAGGGAACGGCCCAAGAUGUCAGAGGUUGUCCAAAUGCUAGAAGGCAAUGGUUUGGCUGAAAGAUGAGAGGAGUGGCAGAAAGAAGAGGUGUUCUUGUGAAACCCCGUCCCUGGAUUUCAUUAUUUAAAAUAAGGUAUUUUGUAUUCCUAGUUUUGACGCAUUUAUAUGUGUGGGGUUUGUUUUUUUUUCGAAAAUGGUUAAAAGAUGAAAAUGCCCCUCUUGUGCUAAACAGGAUUUUACAUAGACGUAUUUGAUUCUUUCGUAUUUUUCUAUUGUUCUUGGCAUAUUUAGAUAUUACAUGUAACUAUAAAUGCGCAAACGGAUUAGAGUUUGAAAUUCGAAUGGGAAGGUUAUGAAUUUUCUAAAUAAAAUGACAUUUUGGUAAAUUAAAGUGGCAUAUUUAGAUAUUACAUGUAACUAUAAACCAGCAGUUUUGCUGCUGUGUUCUUCUCCUCUUUAAUUCUCCUUCACUCCAAAAACUUCAUUGAAUCAUAACUUUUUCGUACGGCAAUGAAAUCACGCACGGUCGAAGUCUAUGUAUUCGUAGCGCAGCCCUUUUCAUUUUGAUACCAAACCCAUAUGCUGGAACCAAGCGUGCCCAUAUGUUGAAGCCCAGAAGCUUUGACGAUUUUCGUAGUUUUUUUCGCCGAUUCUGGCUAACCUCGCUGGGGAUAGGUCUCGACCCAAGAGAGAAAAAUACUCCCCUCUUUAUGCGCUUCCAGGAUAUGUAAGUGGAUCUUCCGUAUUUCAAGUUUCAUUUUUGAACAAGUUUGAGAUUUAUGUGUUUAAGUUGAAUUUCCGGUGUUCUUGUUGAGGAGUUGUGGUGGUGACAUUGAUUUAGCUAAGUGGUAGAUUGAUGAACAACUUUGGAGGAGUUUGGAGGGCAGGACAAGAACAAGAAAAGGUCUAUGUGUGCAGCAAGCAAAAUCCUUUCAUUCAUGUGAGCUUCUUGGGCCUCUUUACCUUCACAGCAGCUUACCUACCUGGGAUAUAUUUUCUUUUGGAGCCAUAAAAUCUGCAACAGUUUUCCAAGUAUACAACGAGGUUGCUGGCCUUUCAGCACUUUGACUUUGGUUACACAGAUAACACUGCAGUAUACCAUGCAAAAGGACUUCAUUUACCGUUUACAAGUCAACCCCAUAAUACCAAAGUACAAGAGAAGCAAAGAUUAGAGGUCAUUUUUGCUCUAACUUGGAAUAGUUUCUAAGAUUUGUAUUGUGCAAUUGGCCAGUGUUAACUACUAAAUCGAUUAAAAAACAUUAUGUAGGGGCUGCGCUGCCAUUCAAUUACCUAUGGAAUUUAUGACAUGCAAUCAGUUUCUUUUUAGUUGAGUUCAAAUAAUGUUGAUUGCGCUGUUAUAAAGCUCUUUUUUCUUGUUA